CCCCAAGAUUUUACCCUCUUAAAAUGCAUUGCAAUUAAAAAUAUAUACAUAUGCAUACAAGAGUGCACUUAUCAUGACUAUACAGCUUAAUGUACUUUCACACAAUCUGAACAACUCCAUGUAACCAGUAUCCAAAUCAAGAAAAAGAAUCCCCCUCCCUGCCCCCCCACAAGUCACAAUGCCCCCGAGAGUAACCACUUCCUUGACUUUUAUCUCCCUAGAUUGGUUUUGCCUGUUUUAGAACCUCAUACUAAAAUCAUACAGUUACAAUCUUUUGAGUGUGGCUUUUUCCAUUUAGUGUAAUGCUUUUGAAAUUCAUCCCGGUAGUUGCAAGUGUCAAUAGUUCAUUGCCUCUUAUUGCUGAAUAGUAUCCCUUGUAUGUGUGUGCCAUAACGUACGUAUCCAUUCUACUGUUGAGGAGCAUUUGGGUGGUUUCCAGUUCAAGGCUGAUACGAAUACAUUCAGAGCAUUUGGUAGACGGGAAUGGGGGCAUUCCCAGGGACAAAUGGCUGGAUCAUAGGAUAGCCAUAUGUCAUCUUUAGAGGAUGUGGCGUUAUGAUUUUUUAAAGGAAGUAAUUAGCACUUCAAAAUGUAUUGUUUGAAGAGUGGUUUAUAUAAUAAGAAGAAAGAAUCAUGAAAAUUCAAGUUUGACAUCAAACUACACUGGCUUCAUGUUUCAGAACAGAAUGGAUCCCUUUUAUGACUGGUGACAUAGUAAUGCCCCAUUGAUAACUUUUUGUUUUUACUAGAUAUUUUACACUUGAUUUUAGCCAAAAGCCUGAGACAUUUCAUGUAACUCCCAACUACUAACAGUUACCAACCAUUUGAAAAUAAAAAUAUUUCAUAUUAUUCACAUGGCCCUAUUAUUACCAAGUUAUUUUAGCUAAAGCUCAUAAAAUGUACUUGACAGGUCAUGUACAUUAUUAUUUAAAUUUUCUUAUUAGUCCUUAAUAUAAAUGUAAAUCAACAGAGAAAAACUAUUUCUUAAUGUUUAUUUAGUUUGAAAGAGAGGGAGAGAGAGUGGGGGAGGGGCAGAGAGAUGCUCCCAAGCCGACUCCAUGCUCAGUAUGGGGCCUGACAGGAGUCUCAUCCCACGAUCCUGAGAGAUCAUGGCCUGGACUAAAUCAAGAUUCGGAUGCUUAACUGGCUGAGCCACCCAGGUGCCCCGAGAAAAACUAUUUUACAUGUAAAGUGGAUUGACUAAAAGCCAAAUUGUUUUAAUUUUAACUGGAACACGUCUCACGUGUCUUAUUAGCAAGCCAUUGCCUUAACAGUGAAGUUUAAGUCCCAUUUGUUUGCCGGUUUCACAUACGCUUGAGGGAGCUACAGCUCAGAGAAAAAACACGGUAAAUGCCUUGGUUCUUGAGAAGUUCUGGGGAGUGACUGGGUGCCCCAAGCCAUUUUCAUCUAAGGAACCAACCUCUUGCCACUAGGGGGCGCCAUCGGAGGAAAAGUGGGCCUCUUGGGAGCAUUGCUGGCGCAGCCUGGCCUCUUGCUGUACACGCGCCCAGAGGGCAUCCUUUGCAGACAUCCCUGCACUCAGUUCCCACUGCUAUAAGAAUGAUACCCAUUCUGCAGAUGGGCAAACACACACACCAAGCUGCGCAGCCCAGAGGAGCAGAGCUGGGAUUUCAGUGUAGGUCUCUUGAUUCUGUAGCCUGAAGACAUUUCCAUUUAUGGCUCCUCGCUGUGACCCUGCUUUGUCCGUGGGGGUGGGGGGAGGGGUUGCUUUUCUCCCACCAAGCCCAUUCAGUGUGCCCUCCCUCUUUUUCCGGCACACUCUCUCCCCCCUCUUGCGCACUCAUCUGGAACUCCCCUCACACACCUGUCUCGAGCCGUCCUCUUCCCUUAGCCUGCAGCCCAUAUAAUCAGCCUUCUGAGCUGCCCUCUCACCUGCUCCCUCAUCUCCUCCCCACCUCCUUGCCUUGGUCCAGCUCUGUCCUAGCCUGCUGGGUCCCUGUCUGGGCCUCCCCCUGGGCUCCCAGCCUCGGAGAGGUGGAGCCACCAGCACAAGAGGCAGUUCUGGAAUUCAGGAUUCACACGUGGAUCCAACCUGGAUCUCCCCCCUGCCCCCAAGAAGGCCCAUGUCCUAAGGAGAGACAUCAGGUAGCCCGGCCCCCUCCCCCACCAAGACAGCCUGGGAACCGGAGGCCAUGGGCACAUCACGCUGCUCAUGUAGCCAGACAUUAGCACAAUCUUGAAUUUCAGGUCUAUAAAUCACCUGGGUUGGGGGGUGGGGUGCUCAUAAAUCUGUUUUCCCAUGCUGGUCGGCUUGCUUGACCUCUUGUCCCCUCCUCCUCCAGACUCCCUUCCUCCUUCCUGGGAGACUGGCCCAAGGAGGGGCCUGGGCAUAUAUAUAUAGGCAGCCACUGUGGGAGGGGCUGACCACAGAGGCUUCGGAAAGAGAAGCAGGACUAUGGCUUCUGCAGCAGCAGAGGCGGAGAAGGGGUCUCCGGUUGUGGUGGGACUGCUGGUGGUGGGCAACAUCAUUAUUCUGCUGUCAGGCCUGGCCCUGUUUGCUGAGACCGUAUGGGUGACAGCUGACCAGUACCGCGUGUACCCACUGAUGGGCGUCUCAGGCAAGGAUGACGUCUUCGCUGGCGCCUGGAUCGCCAUCUUCUGCGGCUUCUCCUUCUUCGUGGUGGCCAGCUUUGGUGUGGGCGCGGCGCUCUGCCGCCGCCGGUCCAUGAUCCUCACGUACCUGGUGCUCAUGCUCAUCGUCUACAUUUUUGAAUGCGCCUCCUGCAUCACAUCCUACACUCACCGAGACUAUAUGGUGUCCAACCCAUCCCUGAUUACCAAGCAGAUGCUGACCUUCUACAGUGCAGACACGGACCAGGGCCGGGAGCUGACUCGUCUCUGGGACCGCAUCAUGAUUGAGCAAGAGUGCUGUGGCACAUCCGGUCCUAUGGAUUGGGUGAACUUCACCUCGGCCUUCCGGGCAGCCACCCCGGAGGUGGUGCUCCCCUGGCCCCCAUUGUGCUGUCGGCGGACAGGCAACUUCAUUCCCCUCAAUGAAGAAGGCUGCCGCCUGGGCCACACAGACUACCUGUUCACCAAGGGUUGCUUCGAGCACAUCAGCCAUGCCAUCGACAGCUACACGUGGGGCAUCUCGUGGUUUGGGUUUGCCAUCCUGAUGUGGACGGUGAGAGCUGCCUGUGAUGCUGAUGGCCAUGUAUUUCUACACCACGUUGUGAGGGACAGGAAGGCCACAUGCACGCCUCGGCCUCUUCCUCCUCCUGUUCCUGUCUCCUCCGGCCGCGGACUGGAUGGCUGCCUCAGCUCUCCCCUUCCCACCUCCCUCGAGCUUCCCUCCUUCCUCACCAAAGACCUUUUCCCAGGUUUCUGAGCCCUGCCGGGACUUGGAGGUGCCCCGAAACCCUGGGACAUGUGUGCGUGGGCCCUUAGCCCUUGACGUCAUUUCACUUUGCUGAUUCCUGGCCCAUCUUUCGGUGUCAAUUUCAAGUCCUGUCCUCCGGGGACCCUUCCGGGAUCCCACCCACCCCAUCACCAAUGCCUCUCUAAUAGCUCCCCAAGCUCCUCCUUCAUGGUAGAUGUUGGCCCUCAUUGCUAAAUAGUUUGGGGUUGUUUAUUCUCUGGUGGACUAGGGUUGCCAGGAAUGGAGGAACAAGCUCUGUCAUGGUCACUGUAUUGUCCCCAGCAUCACCCAGCAGAGGGCUGAGCAUGGAUAUUCAAUAAAUACUGGUUGAAUGAA